AUGGAGAUAUAUGCCAAGGCAUAUGACGUUAAAGUUUGGAGAGUAAUCAAAAGGGGGAAUUAUCCCCUGCCAGCUGUCGCACAACCACUUACUGAUCCUGAAGAUAUAGAUUCAUAUACAAAAGAGCAGAUGGAAGUGGUACAAGUUAACAAUAAAGCAAGAAACCUGCUUUAUAAUGCCAUAAGUGGUAAGGAGCAUGAGAAAAUCUCUAGCUGUGACACAUCCAAAGAGAUGUGGGAUAAGCUUAAAGUUACAUACGAAGGAACCAGCAAGGUAAAAGAAACACAUAUCAACAUGUUGGUUCAUGACUAUGAACUCUUUUCAAUGAAAGAAGGAGAGUCUAUUGAAGAGAUGUUUGCCAGAUUCAGCAAAAUAAUUAGCGAUCUAAAAGCCUUCGGCAAACCAUAUACGAGUGGUGAUCAAGUUAGAAAGAUUCUCAGAAGCCUACCAACUACGUGGCAGACCAAAGUAGUCACACUUGAAUCUCAGGAUCUAAAUAAGUUAUCCUAUGAUGAACCACGGGGACAACUCAUAGCCUUUGAAAAGACACAUCUCAAGAAGACUAAUCAAGAAGAAAAAAAGAAAACAGUCGCAUUCAAGGCCUCAACUGAAGUAGCUGAAAAUGACAUCAAUGUUGAUCUUGAAGCCCUUCAAGAAGAAAUUGCUAUGCUGUCAAGAAACAUGGAUGGUUUAAUGAGAAGAUUCAGGAAUACGAGAAGAGGAAGAAUCCCACCUAGGCGAUCCAGAGGCUUUAACAAGAACAAAUCUUUUGGAAGUUGGAGCGAUGAAGACAGUUCAGAACACGAGGAGAUAGCUAAUCUUUGCUUCAUGACGAUUCUGGAAAACGAGAUGAACAAAUCCUCAGGAUACUGUACGGACGAGGACAUUUCAGAUGACGAAUGCAAAGAUAACAAUGAGAACUGUUUCAUGGAACGAGGUGAAACAAGCAAGGAACAACAGAGAGUAAGUUGCAAAGGAAAAUGGUACCUAGACAGUGCGGGUUCCAGUCACAUGACAGGAUAUGAGGUAAAUUUUAACAAAACAGGCUGUGCUAUUGAAGAUGAGGCAGAAUCUGUACAUGCUAUAUUCGAUGAAAAUAACCCCUCGGUCGAGAAAGGAAUUACUGCAGGUGAUGAAGAUCAAGCUCAAGAAAUUCAGGAGACAAGCAAAUCUCAAGAGUCAACUGAUAAACCUGAUGCUACGAUAGAGUCAACUAAUGAAGUCAGCAGCAGUGUACCAGAUCAUCCGAAGGAGUCGACUACUAAUGUUGUUCGUCCAAAUGAAUGGAGAAGCGAACCUGAGUAUCCUCAAAAAUUCAUCAUAGGGGACCCAAAUAAAGGAAUGAAAACCAGGGGAGCUCUCAAAAAGAAAUCAAACAUAGCAUUAAUCUCUCAGAUUGAACCAAAGAAGAUAGAGGAAGCUCUAAAAGACUCAAGUUGGGUACAAACAAUGCAGGAAGAGUUAGAUCAAUUUGGAAAAAAUCAAGUUUGGAAACUGAUACCCAAACCUGAAAAUAUUUCUGUAAUUAGAACAAAGUGGGUCUUCAGAAAUAAAUUGAACGAGGAUGCAAAAGUGGUAAGAAACAAAGCCAGAUUAGUUGCUCAGGGUUAUUCACAAUAG